AAAUAAUAAUAAUGGCGAAGGUUUUCGCUGUAAGAGCAGAUAGCUUUUGUCUACCCACAGACAACGUUUUUAACCACACUUCUCUCGCUCCUAGGCACCGGAACUUACAUUUGUUUUCCUAUAGAAAUCGAUUGAGAGUCAGAGUUCUUUGCAAUAUCAGAGAGAAGGAGAUUCUCAAGAAGAAUGAAACGGUUCCGGGGUCACUCACUGGAUUGGAUGUAGAUGACUUAGACGAAUUGGGUUCGAACUCCGGUCGUUUGGGGUCGGAGGGCGGGUCUGGAGAAGUGGGUUUUGAUUUGAAUUGGCCUCCGUGGAAGAAUGUUCCUCAGAGAUACAAACUCAUCGGCACUACUUCGCUGGCUUUUGUUAUAUGUAACAUGGACAAGGUGAAUUUGAGUAUAGCUAUAAUUCCAAUGUCGCACCAGUUUGGGUGGAGUCCGUCUGUGGCUGGAUUGGUGCAAGCAUCAUUCUUUUGGGGAUAUGCACUGAGUCAGUUGCCUGGGGGUUGGCUAGCCAAGAUAUUUGGUGGGAGAAAAGUUCUUGAAAUUGGGGUAUUGAUUUGGUCUAUUGCUACAGCACUGCUUCCUUCUGUUGCUGGAUUUAUGCCUGGACUAGUCUUGUCAAGGAUUUUGGUUGGAAUUGGAGAAGGCGUUUCCCCGUCAGCUGCUACUGACCUUAUUGCCAAAUCCAUACCUCUGGCAGAGCGAUCAAGGGCUGUAGCAUUUGUUUUUGGUGGGCUGAGUGUAGGAAGCGUUGCUGGGCUUCUUCUGGCUCCUCCCCUUAUUCAAACUUUUGGUUGGGAAUCUGUAUUCUACAUAUUUGGUUUGCUGGGCGUUGGCUGGUUUUUGGGGUUUCAGUAUUUUAAAGAAAUUGAAGAUUCUUAUCCUGCUGAACAAAUUUCACAGUCGCAGACUAUCAAUAUGAACAAACCUUGGAAGACUUCUGUGGAGGAGUUGGUUUGGUCAUUGAAGGAUGUACCAUGGAGAGCUUUUUUCCGGAGUGAAGCUGUAUGGGCAAUGAUAUAUGCUCAUUUUUGUGGAAGUUGGGGCCACUACACUUGCUUGUCUUGGCUUCCUACUUAUUUUAGUGAGGAGCUGAACCUGAAUUUGACGGAAGCUGCAUGGGUUUCCAUCCUUCCACCAUUGGCUUCGAUAUUGGUGACUAGCAUUGCUGCACAGUUUGCAGACUAUUUAAUUUCUAGUGGAGUUGAAACCACUAAGGUGCGGAAGCUUUGCCAAGCAGUAGGAUUUUUGUCUCCUGCAUUUUGCAUGACCUUGUCCUCUGUGGAUCUAGGAUUGCCGCCUUGGGAGGUUGUGGGAAUUCUCACUGGUGGCUUAGCCCUCUCAAGCUUUGCCUUAUCAGGACUUUACUGUACACAUCAAGAUAUUUCACCCAAAUAUGCAAGUAUACUCUUGGGAAUUACGAACACUGUUGGGGCUGUACCUGGAAUUGUAGGUGUCGCCCUUACUGGUUAUCUUCUUGAUUCAACUCAUUCAUGGAGCAUAUCUCUAUUUGCACCAUCAAUAUUUUUCUACUUGACUGGCACAAUAGUUUGGCUGAUGUUUGCCAGCAGCAAGCCUCAGACCUUUUCGCAGACAGAGUGAUGGUUUCGCUGCUUCGGAUUGUUUCCAUUCCAUGAAGCAUCAAAACUGAGGACUAUAGCAUUACAUGUACACUAAUUUGACUUCCAUCCACCAGGCUAGUUUGGAAUUGACCUCCUCCACCUCUAAUUUGUUUGUUUACUUGUAUAUCUAUAUGAAAGAACAAAAAGAAUGGAAGAAAGUCAUGUAAUGGGUGCAAAUGUAAUUUAGUGAAAUACACAUUACAGUUCUGUAUUUUGACAAGGUAGUUUGGUUGGCCACCUAAUGAUGUAUCCAAUCUGGUUCAUAGGUUAUAUCAUAUGGUGGGCCACAUUCAACAGCAUGUUCUUAGAAGUCAAGAUAUUUGUUAUGAACAUCUUACCAACUUUUUGGGUUA